AUGGCAGAAGUUACUGUAAAAUUAUCUUCAUUCGAAACUGAAAAUACAGGAACCUCAACAUCAAAAACAUUUUCCGUGCAUAUUACGGAGCGUAAUCGCGUUGAUUCAGUAUGCACCUUUCAAACUACUACCGAAGAGAAUAAAGAGACUUUCCAUGUCAUGAAACAUGAAAAUAAUAAUACAACAGUCAAAG